CACACGCUGAAAACUACAUGACAACGGUUUUAUAUUCGCGAAAGAUUCCUUAUUAUAAGUAGUUGUUUUUGUUAAAACGGCGUAUCAAGAUGAUGAUCGAAGAAGUAAAGAGUACUACAAAAACGCAAAGGAUUGCCGCACAUAGCCAUGUAAAGGGACUUGGUUUAAUCGAAGAUGGUACUGCUCAUCAAACAGCAUCAGGCUUAGUUGGACAGGAAACUGCACGUGAGGCUUGUGGUGUUGUUGUUGAGCUAAUCAAAUCUAAGAAAAUGGCUGGUCGUGCUAUUCUUUUGGCAGGCCCUCCUGGUACUGGAAAAACUGCUCUUGCUUUGGCUAUUGCACAAGAGUUAGGACCCAAAGUUCCAUUUUGUCCUAUGGUUGGCAGUGAAGUGUAUUCAGCAGAAAUAAAGAAGACAGAAGUUCUCAUGGAAAAUUUCCGUAGGGCUAUAGGUUUGCGUAUAAAGGAAACAAAGGAGGUUUAUGAGGGAGAGGUUACAGAGCUUACGCCAUGUGAAACAGAAAAUCCUCUUGGAGGAUAUGGUAAAACAGUAAGCCAUGUUGUUAUUGGAUUAAAAACAGCAAAAGGGACGAAACAACUGAAGUUGGACCCAUCUAUAUAUGAAACACUUCAAAAGGAAAAAGUUGAAGUUGGUGAUGUUAUAUAUAUUGAAGCCAAUAGUGGAGCAGUUAAGAGACAAGGACGAUCAGAUACAUUUGCUACAGAAUUUGACUUAGAGGCAGAGGAAUAUGUUCCCUUACCUAAAGGGGAUGUUCAUAAGAAGAAAGAGUUAGUUCAGGAUGUAACUUUACAUGAUCUAGAUGUAGCUAAUGCUAGACCUCAGGGAGGUUCAGAUAUAAUGUCAAUGAUGGGACAACUCAUGAAACCAAAGAAAACAGAAAUAACAGAUAAACUUCGUAAAGAAAUAAAUAAGGUUGUGAAUAAAUAUAUUGACCAAGGUGUUGCAGAACUUGUUCCUGGAGUUCUUUUUGUCGACGAGGUUCAUAUGUUGGACAUCGAGUGUUUUACAUAUCUUCAUCGAGCUCUUGAGUCAACACUUGCACCGAUUGUUAUAUUUGCUACAAAUCGUGGAUCUUGUACCGUUAGAGGUACAGAAAUAGUUUCACCUCACGGCAUUCCACUAGAUCUUCUUGAUCGCGUCAUGAUCAUACGUACAAUGCCUUAUGCUCACGAGGAAACUGUUGAAAUUCUUCGAAUACGAGCGCAAAUUGAAGGAAUUCAAAUUGAUGACGAAUCCAUUCAAAUCCUUGGCGAAACUGGGACGAAAACAACUCUCAGAUAUGCCGUUCAACUACUCACACCAGCGCACUUUUUGGCGAAAAUUAACGGAAGAGAAAGUAUCAACAAGAGCGACAUUGAUGAAAUCAACGAGCUUUUCUUCGAUGCCAAAUCAUCGGCAAAACUGUUGGCUGAACAAGGAGAUAAAUACAUGAAGUGAACAGUUUUUAAUGACAAUGGCCCUCUACAAUGCCUUCUUUCAUUCGCUGAGACAGUCAAGUUCUUUCACCAUGAAGUAUGGAAAACUUUCAAAACAUUAUAGUUCUGAGAUUGUCGUGUAUCAAACCAGGUGACUUAUGUCAUUACUGAUAUCUCGUGUCAACACGAGCCCAUACAGAAUAGCGUCAAGAACCAAUUACAUAUGUUUUCGUCUGGUAAAAUACAUUCAAUUUUGAACAUA